GGCCAACCCGGCCGUACCGCGCACGUUGCUCUUGACGCGCGCGCACGCGCGCUCCGGCCUCCCGGAUCGCCACACUUCAUUCCUCUCGCGUUGCUCGGCCGGUCAGUCGCGUACACGAGCGUAACGAGUUGAGUUGUGUGCGAACGCGGCGCGGCGUUAAUGUUUAUGAAAUUUUUGAGGUUUUGAUUUGAGCUUGUGAGCAAAGACGAAAAAAUGUGCGACCAAAACGCGGCCGCUGCCGCUGCGUCGACGCAGAGCAUAGCGGACUACCUGGCGCAAUUGCUGAAAGACAGGAAACAACUGGCCGCCUUUCCCAACGUGUUUAUUCACGUCGAAAGGCUUCUGGACGAAGAGAUUGCGAAAGUAAGGGCGAGUCUGUUCCAAAUAAACGGAGUCAAAAAAGAGCCGCUGAUACUACCAGAGCCCGACGGUCCAGUGACGACCCUUACCGAGAAAGUAUACGUCCCAGUAAAGGAGCACCCAGACUUCAACUUCGUGGGAAGGAUCCUGGGCCCCAGGGGCAUGACGGCCAAGCAAUUAGAGCAAGAAACGGGCUGUAAAAUCAUGGUACGCGGGAAGGGCUCGAUGCGGGACAAAAAAAAGGAGGAUCAAAACAGGGGUAAGCCCAAUUGGGAGCACCUGUCGGACGAGUUGCACGUCUUGCUGACGGUAGAGGACACCGAGAACAGGGCCCAAAUCAAACUCCAAAGGGCCGUGGACGAAGUCAGGAAACUGCUCGUGCCCCAAGCGGAAGGUGAAGACGAACUAAAGAAAAGACAGUUGAUGGAGUUGGCCAUCAUCAACGGAACGUAUAGGGACUCCAGCACGAAGGCGGCUUCUGCGUCAGACCUUUGCGCCCUUGCAGCGUGCGAUGAGGAGUGGCGGCGCGUCGCCGCCGCCGCGGUAGACGCCCAGCGUCUGCUGUCGCCGGCCAUUCCCGGCCUUGGUACGCCGCUAAGGGGCCCCGCCACCCCUUUAGGCGCGCCCCUCAUACUUUCGCCCAGGAUGUCGGUUCCCACUACGGCGGCGUCCAUAUUGAACGGGUCUGCGCCCCCGGGGUCACUACUGUCGCCGGGGGACCCGCAUGGCCUCCUCUACGCCCCCUACGCGGACUACACGAACUACGCCGCGCUGGCGGCUACGCCCCUCCUCACGGAAUACGCGACGGCGGACCAUUCUGGCGUUUACGUGCGAAAGUGGCAAAUUUUACUGCCCUAACGAUGGGAGAUGGCGCACGAAAUUAACGGGAAGCGGAGCGGACCUACAGUGGCGCCGAAUUAGUCACACAUUAUUAUUUUUUAUUUACAACAAUUUUUUUAUUAUUAUACUUCUGUGAUAAUUUUUGACCGGUCAGGUUUGCGUUUUGUACACACCCGCUCGCGCGCACGCGCGCGCACUUUUUCAAGAAGAUAUUUUUUAUUAUUAUUAUUAUUAUUUAAAUACUUUUAUUUUUAUUAUUUUUUUUUGUUUUACGCAAGUCAUAUUUUUAUCGUAUUUUUAAUACUUACGGCAGUUAGCCAAACGUAUAGGAUUUUUUCUAUUUAUACAGGUAGGUUUUUACUUUAGGGACUAUUAUACAGUGCGUUAAAAACGCACACUCGCUCUGGUCAUUUUUCGUGUAAGUCGUAUUGCGUAAUUGUGAGCUUCACGUGACGACCGCACGCCUUCGGAUGUUUCGGUCCUUCGAGUCAGAUUUGGCGACGCACAGAGGUCCAAAACAUCAAAAUAAUGGCCAAAUAUAUAUAUAAAAGAAAACUAGAACUGAUAUCAUAUAUUUAGCGACAGAAUUACGAACAAAAAAUGAUAUUCAACCGAUUCAUCUUACUUAAUUUUACUUGAUUUGUUAUUUCUAGAAUAUGUUUCAACAAAGCAAUAUAGCCUUAUAUAUCUUGAGGUAAUUAAAUAAUUGUUACAUUCUGUGUCUGUCAGUAACUUUUCCAUCUAGGUAGCCAUGUCACUUUCUCAUACAUAUUGUCUUUGCAAUUCAUUUCUUUUUGCAUUCAUUAUUAAAGUUAACUUAUAUUCCACAGAAAUCCGCUCAAUGUUAUGCUGUACCGGGUGAUCAUUUAUAUUAAUGUGUCCCCCCCCAACCCCCGCCUUUUAACUUUUAUAUUUUACGUUUGUCAUCUGGUGAAAUUUGAAAUUCUUGAAUAUUACUGCGAGCGCAUAUAUCUCAAAAACUAUUGGAUUUGGGUACGGGACAUAUCAUACAAGAAAUUUUAGAAUAUUUUAUUUAGCGUAUAAUAUACAGACCGUUCCAAUAAACAUAUAUAACUUUCAUCUCUGGGUGAGUUCUGCAACACCCUGUAUAUAUGAAAGCAUUUCUUGAAAAUUGCUUAUUAUUUUUUGAACAACUUUUAUAUUUAAAAUUUUUUGCCCGUAGGGAGCAGAAGGGGGGGGCAUUACAAAUGAUCACUUCUAAUGAUCAAUUCUUAAAAGCUUAUUUGUUACUAAAAACCAACUCAAAACAGAUGAAAACAGAUUGAGUGGAAUCAUGAAAGUUUGCUAUUUAAAGCCGUACGUUUACGUAAUAUUUCAUAUUAUAGCUCUUUGAAUGAUACUAUUUAUCAAAAUACUUACAUUGGAAGUUCUCAUUCAUACUUUCCUGGAUUGUUGGAACAAAUAGCCUAAAAGUAAUAUAGGUCUACAAAAUUAAACUUAUUGACAUAUGUCUUUAUUUUGAAAACUGAUUUUAUAUCAUUUUGGUGGGAGAUUUCAAAAAUUUCAUGCAUUUAUUUGUAUCACGUAAGGUUUUGCAAAUAUUAAAGGGAAAAAAACGAUAUUUCUAAAUUAAUUUAGUUCUUAGAGUUCCCAAAAAACAUCAAUUAUUUCUUUAAAUUUUAACAUUAAAAACAAGAAUACUUUCUUUUAUCUUGGCAUCAGGUAGGGCUGAAAAUUUCUCCCACAAAUAUUUGAAACAGUGUCUAGGGCUUUAACAAACUGCUUCAUCGCACCAAGUUUGAUAUGAAGAGGAGGCAGUAAAACUUUUUUGGGGUUAACUAAACAACCUCCUAGUACAUUUUUGCUACUCGGUGCAAUGCUUGUUCAAGAGGACCAUUCUAUUUCAUUCUAUAUAAUGAAAGUUAUUUGGAUGGUUCACACAAUGACUUUUCCACAUUUAUACGUUCUAGAACAGUAGAAAUACGCAACAACAAAGACAAUAUUAUCCAGUGUUGCCAAAUCAGAUUUAAUUUCAUAAAAAUAAAUUCAUUUAUAGGUAUGUAUAUUAAUAAAAUAAUAUUUUUAAGAUAUAGAACGCUGUAAAAAUAAUGAUAGAGAAAAAAUAUUUCGUUUUUUGGAAAAGGGGCCCUCAAAAAUAUACAAAUAAGCAAACAGCUUUCAAACAUCAAAAUCACCUGUGAGUUUGGAUGCAGCGCCAUAGAGUAAUAUUAUUUGACAUACCGUUCAACUCUCCAAGGCCAUCAAAAGUUAUAAGGCUGCCGUACCGACGCGCGUCACGUGAAGAUCCGAAGUCGGUCGAAAAUUCUUUCGUUUUUUUUUUCGGAAUUUUGCCGUUCACUUAAAACUAGGCCCGUAAUUGUCGCGAUGUUUCGAGUCUUGAAAAAUUUCGCGGGAUUCUUGUAAAUAGUUGUUAGUUUAAACAUCACGAGUCGCUCGCGUCUCCCUCUCUCGGCUAGAGCGAACGCGAUUCGGUAGACUUAAUUUUUUUUUGUAUUUUUCGUGCAUUUAUCCUUAAACAAUAUUUAUUUAUUAUUUGCCGAGUGAAGCUAUUCAGUGGCGUGGCCGCGCGGAUGCGCGCGCCUCGUUUUGUACAUAAGUAAAAUCCGAGAAAAAUGUUACUGUAAUAGUUUUAAAACGUCGCCUCUCUUUCUCCUUUUUUUUUGUUUACCCCGAGUAGCUACGAGGUAGUAUUAGAUGCGGGGACGCAUUUUGUCCGGCGACGGAAAUUUCCAAUCAUUUCGCGUUGGGAUAUGAGUUAGGUAUCGAGAUCUUUAUUCUUCUUUCUUGUAAUAAUUAGUAGGAAAAAAAUUCACAGCUUGUUUACAACCGAAUUCCUUGAAGAACAAAGUUAAUAGAAAAAUAUCCACCAUAGUUCAAGCUUAAGGUUGAUCAAAAUGGUCGCCAACAUGGCCUUUAUUUUUUUAGAAAUAACGAAUAAUGAAAUACUUGCACACUAGCUGGCCAAAGAAUAGAUUUGGCUUGGUUUGUUCAGAAGCAACUGUUGCACGGAGAGAUUUUGCCUCCCCGCAUCCACUACGCGAGCAGCCAUCUAGUGCCAUUUUAGGUUUAAAAGCGCGUUGGAAAUUUCCGCGCAGACGUCCCCCAACCCGCCACUUUCGGCGAUUGUUGUUUGGUUUCAUUACGUCACUAUAUGUGUGUAUGUACAGGUGCGUCGGCGGUUGCCAAGCAACGCAGGCAUCUGGGGCAGAUAAGAGAGCACCCCUAUCAGAGGGCGGGCGCGCUCUCUUAACCGAUUUUUUUCUAAAGACAAACUGUCACGAAAGGUUAGUUGAUCAUUUGUUUUUGUUGUUUUUUUUUGCGCGUCUCGUUGCAGGUCACGCGCGCCGCUGAGCGCUGACGGGCUCUCAAGAGACGCGUGCGCUUUGCUUUUUGUCGCUCGGUAUCAAGUGUCAAAAUGACGGAUCCUUACAUUUAACAAUUUUUUUUCCUGAUGCAUUCAGUGGAGGGAAAAAGACAACGUAGCCCCUCGAUAAUGGGUCCGAACUAGAUUAUACCUGUUUUGACAAAAGCAUGGCGCGCGUGCAACCCGUCUUUACGUAUUUGCCCCUCAAGUUCGAAUGCGAACGAAAGAAGGCGCCACAUUUUAUUUGUUACCGACAUUUAAAGUUUCUGUAGUACGUACGGCAAAGUAGUUGUUUACGUCUUAAUGGUUAGCAUAAGAACCUCCGACUGCUAGGCUUGACCUUGUUCCUUUAUACUUCGUUAUACCAAAGUAUUAUUCUUUAAAUUCUGAUCACUUAUCAACUCUAGUUCCGGCAGUUGUGGGACUGCUUCCCACGAUUUUUCAAAUCCUCCAUAGAGAGCCGCACCUGAGUUUGUGGCUAAAACUCUCCCGGCAUUUGGUCUCUGCCACAAGAUUAACUUUGGAAAUCUCAGUCAACAUUUUUUCUAUAUGUAUGUAAUAUAAUGAGCUUAAAGCACAAUCUAUGCAACGUUCUGGUCGCCAAGUUAGACUGUCGUCAGCAGAUGAUAUUAAACCCUUGCUAAUCCAUUUACCCUCUUUUCUAAUUGAAUUAGUGAUUUUACAUUUUCAGUGUAACCUAUUGGAUACCAACACAAUAUUUUUGCAGUGCACCUCAUAGAGGAUUAAACAAAGUAUUAAUACAACUCUUGAAUUGAUCGAAGUUUACAAGAUCAAAAAUCUGAAGCUUCCGAACUUAAAUACAAUCUGUCUAAAAAUUGUCUACAAUUGGAUAUAUGUUUUCAUUUAACUGACCUUUAUUUCAGUCAAAUAGAAUGUGUCCAUCAUUUUACAGCUCACAAUGCGUGUGUAAUCUGAAUGCUGAAAAUGCCUAUUAUUUGCUUUCACUCCUCCUUACCUGUCAUUAUUUGUGACCUUCAAAGCCCUCCGCUGACCCACCUCGCCUUGAAAGGUUUCGUGAAGCUUUUGGGUUUGUCAGUGGAACCUUUUUUGGAAUCGUUAGGCGGUUUUGCGAACCAAACUAGUCCUAGCAGUCUACCCCGCGUACCUCACCCACACCGCCACAGUGGCGCCUAGUCUCGAAAACGGAUAAUUAAUUCAUUAUUCACUUAGAGUAUGUUUUGUACAUAUAAUACGCACUCGUCGACGCCUUCUUUCUUCGUCUACGUUUUUCUACUCUUUCGACAUUCUCACUGUUGGCGAUUACGCGAGAAUCACUACUUAAUCUCUAUUUAUACUUGUAAGUAGUUUUAUAUACGUUUAUAUUAUUAUCACGUAGAGCAUAUAUAUAUAUAUUCUAUAUUUUUUGUAUAUGUUGUUGACUUGCGCCAAUGUGGAACAAAAUAUAUUUAUAUGAAAAUCUCAA